AGGAGCUGCAAGAGCUGAAAGCGCCGAUUAUUGUCUCAGUGCAGUUGUCAGUUGCAGUUCAGCAGACCGGCUAACGAGUACUUGCAUUUAUUCAAAUUUACUCAAUUGAUCAAAUCGAAAGAGCCAGCAAAAAAAAAAAAAAAAGAAGUCACCAUGUCGACUACAUUGACCAACAAGAACGUGAUUUUCGUGGCCGGUCUGGGAGGCAUUGGCCUGGACACCAGCAAGGAGCUGGUCAAGAGGCCCCUGAAGAACUUGGUCAUCCUCGACCGCAUUGACAACCCGGCUGCCAUUGCCGAGCUGAAGGCAAUCAAUCCCAAGGUGAAUGUCACCUUCUACCCCUACGAUGUGACCGUGCCAAUUGCUGAGACCAAGAAGCUGCUGAAGACCAUCUUCGACCAGCUGAAGACCGUCGACAUCCUGAUCAACGGAGCUGGUAUCCUGGAUGAUCACCAGAUCGAGCGCACCAUUGCCGUUAACUACACCGGUCUGGUCAACACCACAACCGCCAUCCUGGACUUCUGGGACAAGCGCAAGGGUGGUCCCGGCGGUAUUAUCUGCAACAUUGGAUCCGUGACUGGUUUCAAUGCCAUCUACCAGGUCCCCGUCUACUCCGGCACCAAGGCCGCCGUGGUCAACUUCACCAGCUCCCUGGCGAAACUGGCCCCCAUCACUGGUGUGACCGCUUACACCGUGAACCCCGGCAUCACCCGCACCACCUUGGUGCACAAGUUCAACUCCUGGUUGGAUGUUGAGCCCCAGGUUGCCGAGAAGCUCCUGGCUCACCCCACUCAGCCCUCUUUGGCCUGUGCCGAGAACUUCGUCAAGGCUAUCGAGCUGAACCAGAACGGUGCCAUCUGGAAGCUGGAUCUGGGCACUCUGGAGGCCAUCGAGUGGUCCAAGCACUGGGACUCGGGCAUCUAAGCAAAGUGAUACUCCCAAAAAGCAUAUAACAUUAGUUCAUAGGGUUCUGCGAACCACUAGAUAUUCACGAUGGCAAUAAGGCUGAUUCGAUGCACACUCACAUUCUUCCCCUAAUACGAUAACAAAACUCACCAUGAAUAAAAACUGAAAAACAAUAUAAAUAUAAAUAUGAAAAUUGAGAAAUCCUAAAA